AUGGCUGUGUCUUUGCCACCCACUCUGGGACUCAGUUCUGCCCCAGAUGAAAUUCAGCAUCCACAUCUGAAAUUUUCAGAAUGGAAAUUCAAGCUGUUCAGGGUAAGAUCCUUUGAAAAACCUCCUGAAGAAGCUCAAAAAGAGAAGAAGGAUUCCUCCGAGGGGAAGCCUUUUCUAGAGCAAUCUCCAGCAAUCCAGGACAAGACUAAUGGUCAGACGCCAGAGCCGACACCACCAACAUUCAAGCUCCACCCUAAGUUUUCAAAGAAAUUCCACGAUGAUGGGAAGGCAAGAGACAAAGCAAUCCACCAAGCCAACCUCCGACAUCUCUGCCGCAUCUGUGGGAAUUCUUUUAAAACUGACAAACACAGCAGGAGAUACCCUGUGCAUGGGCCUGUGGAUAGUAAAACUCGAAACCUUUUACGGAAGAAGGAGAAGAGAGCCACUUCCUGGCCAGAUCUCAUUGCCAAGGUUUUCCGGAUCGAUGUGAAGGCAGAUGUUGACUCAAUCCACCCUACUGAGUUCUGUCAUAACUGCUGGCGUAUCAUGUAUAGGAAGUUUAGCAGUGCUCCACGUGAGGUUUACUUCCCGAGGAGUGCAACCAUGGAGUGGCAACCCCAUGCCCCAUCCUGUGACAUCUGCUAUACUGCCCAUCGGAGACUCAAGAGGAGGAAUCAUCAGUCAAAUGUGCAGCUCAGCAAAAAACUCAAAGCUGUGCGUGACCAAGCAAGACAAUGCCAUCAGAGCAAGAGAAGAGCUCAGGCAAGAAUCACCAACAAGGACAUGAUGAAGAAGAUUGCCAAUUGCAGUCAGAUACAUCUUAGUACCAAGUUCCUUGCAGUGGACUUCCCAGCACCCUUUGUGAAAUCUAUUUCCUGCCAGAUUUGUGAACAUAUUCUGGCUGACCCUGUGGAGACCAGCUGCAAGCAUGUGUUUUGCAGGGUCUGCAUUCUGAGAUGCCUCAAAGUCAUGGGCAGCUAUUGUCCCUCUUGCCAAUAUCCAUGCUUCCCUACUGAUCUGGAAAGUCCGGUGAAGUCGUUUCUGUGUAUCCUGAAUUCCUUGAUGGUGAAAUGUCCAGCACAAGAGUGUCAUGAAGAGGUAAGCUUGGAAAAAUACAAUCACCACGUUUCCAGCCACAGGGAAGCCAAAGAAACUUUGGUGCAUGUUAAUAAAGGGGGCCGCCCCCGUCAGCAUCUCCUGUCACUGACCCGGAGAGCUCAGAAGCACCGGCUGAGGGAGUUGAAGUUACAAGUCAAGGCCUUUGCUGACAAAGAAGAAGGUGGAGAUGUGAAGGCUGUGUGCCUGACCUUGUUCCUGCUGGCGCUGAGGGCCAGGAAUGAGCACAGACAAGCUGAUGAGCUGGAGGCCAUCAUGCAGGGUCGUGGCUCUGGCCUCCAGCCAGCUGUUUGCUUGGCCAUCCGUGUCAACACCUUCCUCAGCUGCAGUCAGUACCACAAGAUGUACAGGACUGUGAAAGCCAUCACAGGGAGGCAGAUUUUUCAGCCCUUGCAUGCUCUUCGCAACGCUGAGAAGGUCCUUCUGCCAGGCUACCACCCCUUUGAGUGGAGGCCCCCUCUGAAGAAUGUAUCUUCCAGUACUGAUGUCGGCAUUAUUGAUGGGCUGUCUGGACUCUCCUCCUCUGUGGAUGAUUACCCAGUGGACACUAUUGCAAAGAGGUUCCGCUAUGAUGCGGCAUUGGUGUCGGCUUUGAUGGACAUGGAAGAAGACAUCUUGCAAGGCAUGAAGUCCCAAGACCUUGAUGACUACUUGAAUGGCCCGUUCACUGUAGUGGUGAAGGAGUCUUGUGAUGGAAUGGGAGAUGUGAGUGAGAAACAUGGGAGUGGGCCAGUAGUUCCUGAGAAGGCAGUUCGUUUUUCAUUCACAGUCAUGAAAAUUACCAUAGCGCAUGGAUCACAGAACGUGAAGGUGUUUGAGGAAGCCAAACCUAACUCAGAACUGUGUUGCAAACCAUUGUGCCUCAUGCUGGCAGAUGAGUCUGACCACGAGACCCUGACUGCCAUUCUGAGCCCUCUCAUUGCUGAGAGGGAGGCCAUGAAGAGCAGCGAAUUAAUGCUUGAGAUGGGAGGUAUCCUCAGAACCUUCAAGUUUAUCUUCAGGGGCACUGGAUACGAUGAAAAGCUUGUCAGGGAAGUGGAAGGCCUCGAGGCUUCAGGCUCUGUCUACAUUUGUACUCUCUGUGAUGCCACCCGCCUGGAAGCUUCUCAAAAUCUUGUCUUCCAUUCUAUAACCAGAAGCCAUGCUGAGAACCUGGAACGCUACGAGGUCUGGCGUUCCAACCCAUACCAUGAGUCCGUGGAAGAACUGCGGGAUCGAGUAAAAGGGGUCUCAGCCAAACCUUUCAUUGAGACAGUCCCUUCCAUAGAUGCACUCCACUGUGACAUUGGCAAUGCAGCAGAGUUCUACAAGAUCUUCCAGCUAGAGAUAGGGGAGGUAUAUAAGAAUCCCAAUGCCACCAAGGAGGAAAGGAAAAGAUGGCAGGCCACACUGGAUAAGCAUCUUAGGAAGAAGAUGAACCUGAAGCCAAUCAUGCGGAUGAAUGGCAACUUUGCAAGGAAGCUCAUGACCAUGGAGACUGUGGAGGCAGUGUGCGAGCUAAUUCCAUCCGGGGAGAGGCACGAAGCUCUCCGGGAGCUGAUGGAGCUUUACCUGAAGAUGAAACCUGUGUGGCGUUCUUCCUGUCCAGCUAAAGAGUGCCCAGAAUCCCUUUGCCAGUACAGUUUCAACUCACAGCGUUUUGCUGAGCUUCUCUCUACCAAGUUCAAGUAUAGAUAUGAGGGCAAAAUCACCAAUUAUUUUCACAAAACCCUGGCCCACGUGCCUGAAAUUAUUGAACGGGAUGGCUCUAUUGGGGCUUGGGCAAGUGAAGGAAAUGAAUCCGGCAACAAACUGUUCCGACGCUUCCGGAAAAUGAAUGCCAGGCAAUCCAAGUGCUAUGAAAUGGAAGAUGUCCUGAAACACCACUGGUUGUACACCUCCAAAUACCUCCAGAAGUUUAUGAAUGCUCAUAACACAUUAAAAAAUUCUGGAUUUGCCAUGAACUCACAAACAAGCUUAGAAGACCCACUGGGCAUAGAGGACUCUAUGGAAGGCCAAGAUUCAAUGGAGUUUUAA